CAAAAUGGCGGCUGCCGUUGUUGCUGAGUCCGGUUUGUAGUGCUGUUGCCCUACUCAUCCCUUUCCAAAAUGUGAAAGAAGAAACGGCUGGUGGAGGCGGGCCAUAGGCAAUGAGUCGGCGACGGAAACAUGAUGACAGCCCUAGCCCGAAGAAAACGCCGCACAAAACCGUGGCGGCUGAGGAAUGCGGCUCGGUGGUCGAGCCAGGGAGGAGGCGGCUGAGGUCGGCCCGCGGUUCGUGGCCCUGCGGGGCUAGAGAGGGGCCUCCCGGGCCAGUGCGGCAGCGAGAGCAGCCUCCAACAGCCGCCUUGUGCAGUAAAAGUAACCCCGAGGACAGGUAUGAAACACCAAAGAGAGUGCUGAAAAUGGACUUACUGUCAUCUUCCUUCAGUUCUCCUAAUGAUCCAGAUGGACAGAAUGAUAUCUUUUGGGAUCAGAAUUCUCCAUUGACAAAGCAGUUAGGUAAAGGAAGAAAAAAACAGAUUUAUACCACAGAUAGUGAUGAGAUUUCACAUAUUGUUAAUCGUAUUGCUCCUCAGGAUGAAAAACCAACAACAAGUUCUAUGCUGGACAUGUGGAUUGGUGAAACUGCUAUUCCUUGUACUCCCAGUGUAGUGAAAGGAAAAUCAAGAGCAAAAAUCAGCUGCACAAAGUUAAAAACACAAAAUCAAGAAGAAGAACUUAUGAAACUGGCUAAACAAUUUGAUAAAAAUAUGGAAGAGCUAGAUGUGAUUCAAGAGCAAAACAAGAGGAAUUAUGAUUUUACCCAGAUGAUUUCAGAAACAGAGAUUUUAAGUAAUCAUAAAGAUAAUACACAGAUGCGGUCAUUACAUAAUAUAGUUCCCAAAAUAGAUAAUGCUACAAAAAAGAAGCCAAUCAAAGGAAACACCAAGGUAUCUGUGGCAAAUAAUCAAAAUAGCAGUCAGAAGCCAUUUGACCAAACUGCUGAAGCAGCCUUUAAUGCUAUUUUUGAUGGUUCUACUCAGAAAUGUAGCGGACAGUUAAGCCAAGAACUGCCAGAAGCUUUUUGGAGCACCAGUAAUACUACCUUUGUAAAGACAAAUGCUUUGAAAGAGGAGAAAAUCAUUACUAAUGAAACUCUGGUCAUUGAAAAACUGUCAAAUAAAACCCCACGAUCACUUUCUUCUCAAGUAGAUACACCCAUAAUGACAAAAUCAUGUGUGACUUCCUGUACUAAGAAGCCAGAAACUUCUAAGAGGUACAUUGAUGCAUUUACUACCAGUGAUUUUGAGGAUGAUUGGGAAAACUUACUAGGUAAUGAACCUUUUGCUAUGCAAAAUGUCGACAUGCCUGAACUCUUCCCCUGUAAAACAGCCCAGGUUACUGGUCAAAAGGAAAUUUGUACCUUUAAUAGUAAAACUGUUAAAAAUAUAUCAAGAGCAAAUACAAGUCCAGAUGCCAGGUUAGGAGAUUCAGAAGUAUUACAAGAUCUUUCUUCAAAGAUAUGUGACAGAGAAUUAAUAGGUGCAGAAUAUAGAUUUUCACCAAAUCCAAAUAAAUCAAACAAAUUAUCAUCCACUAGAAAUAAAAUGAAAUUUGAGAACUCUUCCAAUAAAAUCGUUAUUGAAGACAAAAUUCAAGAUUGUAUACUUACAUCUAAUCUGACAAAAAUAAAGGAAGAUACUCUUACUAAAUCUACUGUGUAUGCUUCUGAAAAGAAGUCAGCUUUGAACACAAGAUAUUCUAAUGAGCAGAAAAAUAAGUGCAUUUUAAAUCAAGCUGUUAAAGCCCCUGUUAAUACUGAUCUUUUUGGCUCUGCAAAUCUAGGCAAUGAAACCAGUGUUAGUAACCCAAAUCAGACUAGUGCAUCAAAAUUAGGUUCUUUCUUUGAUGAUUGGAAUGAUCCCUCAUUUGCCAAUGAGAUUAUUAAAGCGUGUCAUCAAUUAGAUAAUACCUGGGAAGCAGAUGAUGUAGAUGAUGAUUUGUUGUACCAAGCAUGUGAUGAUAUUGAAAGACUAACUCAGCAACAAGAUAUUAGAAAGGACAGUAAGACAUCAGAAAGUAUAUGUGAGAUCAAUAAUAAUUCCGAACAUGGAGCCAAAAACAUGUUUACUAUAUCUAAACAAGGAAGUAAUUUAGUACAAUCAAAGCAUUUGAAUCCAGACAGCAUUUCAGUGCAGACAUCUUUGACAAAUAGCUCACGAACAGAUAAGCCAAUGAAAAUGGAGAAAGGGGAAAUGUAUGGAAAUUCUCCAAGAUUUUUAGGUGCCACAAAUUUGACUAUGUAUUCUAAGAUCUCAAACUGUCAGAUAAAUAAUCUGCAUGUGCCUUAUACUAACACUGAUGUUCCAAUACAAGUGAAUAGUUCCAAAUUGGUUCUUUCGGGAAGUUCAAGUGUAACUUCAGAUAAUAUGAAUACAGAAAUUGCUACUUACAAGAAGAAACUGAGUACUAAGCAGCUAUGCCAUAAGAGUAUAACAGAUGAAUCUCAGAGCAACCAUAACAAAACAGUUGGAUUUUCAAAGUUUACAUUUACAAGGAUGAAAAAUUCUCAGAUUCUUUCUCAGUUUAAUCAAAAUUGUAUAACUGGAAGUAUGUCUGAUACCAAAAUUACACAGGGUGUGGAGAAAAAGAAAAGUGUCAACCCAUUGCUAGAGGAAGCUGUUGGACAGCAAUCUUUGGUGAAACUUUCUGAAUCUUUGAAACAAUCUUCAAAAGAGGAAGAAGAGAAAAAUAGAAAGUGUUCUCCUGAAGAAAUUCAGAGAAAAAGACAAGAAGCGCUGGUUCGGAGAAUGGCUAAAGCACGAGCCUCAUCUGUAAAUGCAGCUCCCACUUCAUUUCUUUAAUGAAAUAUUGGAAGACUUCACAAAGACUGCUGAUAACUAUCUGUGAUAGGACAUGUUUUUUUCUUGAUUUCUCUGUGAGAAAUGUAAUGCUGACUUUUAUAAAGCCUGGACUUCUACUUUAUUUAAUAAAUCAAUGUUUGCAAUGGUAAAUGAAACAUUUCCUUGGACAUGUAUUUCAAAGUCAUUACAUAUAAGUUUUAGAAAUUCAGGAAAGUUAGCAAUUAUGUACAGAUAUUAUACAGAGGAAAGUAGUUAUAUUUUUAAAUGCUAUUAUUGCAGAGGAUCAUCAAAAAAGAGGUAAUCGUUAUUUCCUAUUCUAAUGUGUUUUCCUAAUACAAAACUUCAACUUUCUAUGUUA